CAUCGUUAUUAUCAUCUCUGAAAGUGAAAAACAGUUCAACCAUGGCGGAAAUCCAAGCAAUCUCCACAACUUUGGUGCAAGCCAGAAGCCACAAUAACAGCGACGUCGUUCCAAGAAUGGACUUAACUCCAUGGGAUCUCCAACUUCUUGAAGUCGAAACCAUCCAAAAAGGACUUCUCUUCCACAACCCUGAGUCUCAAGACACUUACAUCCAACACCUUAAAGACUCUCUUUCUUCAACACUAGAUUUUUUCGUUCCACUUGCUGGACGUCUCGCCAUUUCUGAACAUGACGAUGGUACGAUAUCUGUUUCCAUUUCUUGUAACAAUGCUGGUGCUCUGUUUGUCCAUGCCUUAGCUAGAAGCAUUGCACUUUCAGAUAUUCUCGACUCCAUCUACGUUCCUCGUGUUGUCCAUUCCUUGUUUCCGCUGAACGGAGUGAAAAAUAUCGAAGGCACUUCUAAGCCAUUGUUAGCUGUGCAAGUUACAGAGCUAGAAGACGGAAUCUUCAUCGGUUGUUCGAUUAAUCAUUCUGUUGUUGACGGUAGGUCGUUUUGGCAUUUCUUCAAUUCUUGGGCUGAAAUUUCUCGAGGUUUGGGCAGAAUAUCCAAGCUUCCUGCUCUUGAACGCUGGUUUCUUGAGGGGAUCGAGCAACCUAUUCGGUUUCUUUUCACAAAGGAAAAUCAAAACUCCGAUGGAUUAAUUCAGCCGCUGGCGCCACCGCCAGAGAGAGUGUUUCACUUUACAAAGGGAAAGAUUUCUCAACUGAAAUCAAAAGCCAACGCAGAGGUUAAUUACACCAACAAAAUAUCAUCUCUGCAAGCACUUUUAACUCAUGUUUGGCGGUCUGCGAUACGUAACCAACGUCUUGAUCCAAAGGAAGAUGUCAGUUUUUUCGUAAUAAUAGGUGCUAGACCCAGAAUAUUGAACCCACCAUUACCGGAGAGUUAUUUUGGAAAUGCUGUGCAUAUCGGUAAAAUGACCAAGAAGGUAGGGGAAUUCCUUGAGGAAGGGCUUGGCAAUACUGCUCUGGAAAUGAACAAGAUGAUUUCUUUACACACAGAAGAGAAGAUUAAGGAUUUCUUGAAGUCUUGGAUAAAAAAACCAGAGUUUUUAAGAGUUAGUGGGGUUAGAAGUGACAAUAGAUUGGUCACGAGCAGUUCUCCGAGGUUUGAUAUUUACGGAAAUGACUUUGGUUGGGGCAAGCCUGUGGCGGUUCGAAGUGGUUCUGCAAAUAAAGCUCGCGGAAAGCUGACUGUUUAUCCUGGGGUAGAAGAAGGUAGUAUUGACAUUGAACUUUGCUUACGUUUCGAGGUUUUAGAGGCCUUGGCAAAUGAUCCUGAUUUCAUGAAUUUUGCUUCUAUCUAGUGGAUGUCUUCAAGGCUAAGAUUAAGUUCAGUUUAAAAUAUAUAUUUGUGAGUCGGAACACAAUAAUCCUGUAUGAUAAAGGCUUUAAUAAGGUUGUUUGUGUAGUGUGAGUGCAAUUGAUCCUUUGUUGUUGAUUAAUGUUUGCUCUAUUUUCAAUUAGAGUUACGAGAAAAGCAUUGAACUCGAUGACUCGUGAUUCGCCUAAGCUGGGAUUUUCUA